UAUAAGUGAUUUAACGCCAAAUUUUGAAGACUGUCGUGACUUCAAGAAUAUUUUUAAAAUUUCUAACGAUAUCUUUAGUGGCAUGACAGGUUGUUAGGUUAAGGACGUUUACCACCGGAAUGUUACGUUCACUUUUAUUCCUGCGAGAUUCUGUGUAUUGCUUUUAAUUUAUCUAUAACAAUGACUAAGACCAACGAGAAGAAAGGCAAGAGCGCCAUCAAUGAGGUUGUGACUCGUGAAUACACCGUCAACCUGCACAAACGCUUGCAUGGAGUCGGGUUCAAGAAACGUGCUCCCAGGGCUAUUAAAGAAAUCAGAAAGUUUGCAGAGAAACAAAUGGGCACGCCAGACGUUAGGAUUGACACCCGCCUAAACAAACAACUGUGGUCAAAGGGAAUCAGGAACGUCCCAUUCCGUGUUCGAGUCCGUUUGAGCAGGAGGAGGAACGAUGACGAGGAUUCUGCAAAUAAACUGUACACAUUAGUUACUUAUAUCCCUGUAGCUACAUUCAAAGGGCUGCAAACAGAAAAUGUUGAUGCGAGUCAAGAUUAAUUUAUUCAUAAGUAAUAAAUCAUUUUGACUGCAA